AUGGGACUACUCGCGGUGGGCACGCCGCUCGAGUGGGAGGAGGCGAAGAAGUCGGCCAGCCAUGUCCGGUCUUGGGGGAUUGAACAACUCCUGGCACUGUGGCGGAAGGCGAAGGGCAAGGAGCGGGAUGCACUUCUCUGGGGAGACGAGAUCGAGUACCUGGUUGUGAACUUCGACGAUGCCGAGCGGAACGUGAAGUUAUCACUCCGUCAGGCGGACAUUUUGCAUGCCCUCGCCAGCGAUCCUGAGCUGAUAAGGCAAGGAGGAGGUGUUCCUGAUCUGAAUCAGGGUGAACCCAAAGCCGACCGGCCAGCGCCCACAUUCCAUCCAGAGUUUGGCAGGUUCAUGCUCGAAGCGACUCCCGGCAAACCAUGGGGUAUCGGGUUUAAAGAUCUGCUGGAUGUUGAGCAGGACAUGAAGCUGCGCCGCAAGAUCGCAAAGGAGCACAUGGAGUCCAGCGAAUUUCCCAUCACUUUGACCACAUUUCCGCUACUAGGAGAUCGGAAGUCGAUUACGCCAUUCUACCCUCCCUCAGGCUCAAAGCUGCGAUCACAGUUCGUGCCAGACGAGAUUGCUAAUCCUCACAUCCGAUUUCCGACACUAGCAGCUAAUAUACGUGCGCGAAGAGGACGCAAGGUCGAGCUGAACGUUCCAGUGUUCCACGACACUAAUACCACCUGGCCGUUCAAAGACCCGACUGUGGAUUACGACAUGCACAACUGGCCAGAAGAUCAGGAUGUCCGGAACGGUGCGGCCAAGGAUAACUGCAUCUAUAUGGACGCCAUGGCGUUUGGAAUGGGGAGCUGCUGCCUCCAGAUCACGUUCCAAGCCAAGGGUAUCGAAGAAGGGCGAAAGAUGUACGAUCAGCUAUCGCCACUUGGACCUAUUCUACUUGCUUUGACGGCAGCAACGCCCAUCUACAAAGGUUUCCUCGCAGACACUGACGUGCGAUGGAAUCAGAUCAGUCGAGCAGUUGACGACAGAACACCAGAGGAGCUCGGUGAGAAGCCACUGAAGAGCGACAGAUGGCGGAUACCGAAGUCGCGAUAUGCGAGCAACAGCACAUAUAUCUCGCAGGACUCACGGUUACGCCCAGAAUAUCUUGACCCAGACCUGGUAGUUGAUGAAGAUCUGAAGGCAAGACUGGUCGAAGGAGGCAUGGAUGAUCGGCUGGCGACGCACUUCGCUCACCUCUUCAUCAGAGAUCCCAUCGUCAUAUUCGCAGAAGACCUCCAAGAGCUCGAUCUUGAGAAGAGCGACCACUUUGAGAACCUUCAAAGCACAAAUUGGCAACACAUGCGCUUCAAGCCUCCACCACCCGGUAAUGAUACAGGCUGGCGUGUCGAGGUACGCCCGAUGGAGAUCCAAAUCACCGACUUCGAAAACGCCGCCUUCUCCGUAUUCGUCGUCCUUAUUACCCGCGCCAUCCUCAGCUUCGACCUCAAUUUCUACCUCCCUAUCCCACGUACCACCGAAAACAUGGAAACCGCACACCGCCGAGAUGCCGUGUUGAACGACAAAUUCUACUUCCGCAAAGACCCACUCCCUCCACCCCAAACGAAAAUCAACGGCGUCUCCUCCACUCCAGGUUCAGGCGCAAACACACCUCGCUCUCGUGUCCCAAGCCGCCCUUCUACACCCACCGGCCCGGUCGAAGACGAGUACGAGCUCAUGACCGUCAACGAAAUCAUCAACGGCAAAGACGACGGCGGCUUCCCCGGGCUCAUUCCAUUAGUCGAGUCGUACCUCGACAGCGUUAACGUCGAUGUUGAGACGAGAUGCGAGCUCGCGCAGUACCUAGACUUGAUCAAGGGUCGGGCGAGCGGGAGGUUGUGGACUGCGGCGAAGUGGAUUCGGAGGUACGUGGCGGAGCAUAAGGAGUAUAAGCAGGAUAGUGUCGUUGGGGAUGAGCUGGUUUAUGAUCUUGUCAAGGCGGCAGAGAGGAUUACGGUGCAUGAGGGGAGGGAUGGGUUCGCUAAGGAGAUGCUUGGGGAGUGCCGGGAGCGGCCUUGA